UUAAACGUCAGUGUGAUGAGUUGAAUGGCCAGGAAUCUCAUCAAAUAUACGCGAAACCCACCUGUAUCCACAGUAAAUUUCAGCUGUCACCAGGGUGCAGUGAGUCUUAUUAAACAGAAUUACAUCUAAAAUUGAUAUUAACCACUGAGAAUUGGCCUCGACGAAACAUGAUGGUUCAUAGUUGAUUGUAGAACAUGUAUGUGAUAUUGAAGCCUACUGUGGAAACGCGGACUUCUAGUGGUCAUUCUGCAGUUUUGCGCCACAUCAAGGUCAGCAUACAAAAUAAAUCAAUUUUUUCAACUGUCAAUUAAGUGAAGUUCACUGAAUUUUAUUUACUUUGGACAUAUCAUCAACAAUAAGCCUAAAGUCCUUUCAAAAACGAAUAUGUCGACAGAAGUUACAGAAGAUGAACGAUUGAUCUCUGAGGCAGCCUCAUAUUAUCGAUGUAGAGAUUUUAAACAGUGUUCCUUAAUUAUGGAGAAACUUAAAAUUGGAAGGUUAAAUGAUACAAAGAUAAACAUGAAUAAUUCCCUGUUGAAUUAUGUACACAAGUCAAGCUAUUCAGCAAGUGAACAGUAUAUCCGAGAAUUGAAACAGAUAGCAACUGUUGAAGGAGUGAAUCUUGAUGAUUACGAUGAUAAAACAGGUUCCCUGGGAAGACGUAGUUCCGAUCGUUUGGAUGAAGUUUGUAAUUCAAAGGAUGUAUUAUCUAGCCAAAUAGCACCACAAUUUGUAUCAAGAUCUUCCAUAGCAAUCAAUUUGUUGUAUAACUAUUCUGUUGUAUUGUUUUAUCAACGACAAUACACUCAAGUGGAAAGGCUUCUAGCCACUUGUCUUGAUAUUUCAACCAACUCGGAAUCAGCAGAUAAUAAUAAUAAUAAAGUGACUAUUGCAAAGGGAGUUCCAUUGGCUAGUCAGUCACCAAGUUGUAUUGAUCAACCGACAGCUAGUUUAAUACAAACAAUGGAUCUAACACCUUCAACUGAUCUCGAUCUUUGUCGACGGAUUAUUCUUCUCUGGCUGGAAGUUUCUUUAAGACUAUUUCAAGCUGAACGUGUUUUUGAACUGUGUGACUAUUGGAUCCUGUGUCUUAAUUCAUUGUCAGUGACAUGCGAAUCGGCGAACAACACACCAGUAAAUACUUGUUCAUCACUUGAACAACCAAAUCCUAAUUCACGUCAUCUCAAUAAUAAUAAUAAUACUAUUUUGUCUGUACUACUUGGAAUUAAAAAACCAAUUCAAUUGUAUUAUAUUAAAGCUUGUCUAUUGACAGGUCGUUUAAAUGAUGCAGAAAAUGAAUUGAACUGCUUCAUGUCAGAAGAUGAUGUUCCCAUCGUGAAAAGUGAGGAAAAUCCGCCGAAAAAUGAAUUCACACCGUUGCCUGGUGAUGAUAAUAAUGCUGGAGACAGGAAAUCAGAAACAGCUUCACAGUCGAAUCCUAAAGAUGAUAAUAAUAAUCAUUGUUCAACUGUUGACUGGUCUACAGGGAAUGCUGUGUACUUUCUUCAAGCUCAGUUAGCUUAUCUUAAGGGCUGUUAUAGUGAUGCUGUGAAAUCGCUUUCGUCUAUUCCACCGCCUUCAUACAAUUCUUCUGUAAUGAAUGACUGGGAAUCUAUCAUUUUAAAGAAUAACCUCGCUUUACUUUAUCAUCGUACUGGACGAUUUACUUCAAGUGUGAUACACCUUCGAAAUGCUUUGAAACAAGUUGAUAAGACACUUGACACUGCUACACAAUCAGUGAAUACUGAUCUUCGUUGUAUGCUAAAUCAUCAAAAUGGUUGUUUUUCUAUUGGUGAAUACUCAGAACUGUUAAAUCAGAUUCCAUUACACGUUUCCAGUUUGAUUGAACACUAUGAAUUAGUUUAUAAUUAUGGGAUCCAAUUGUUAUGUACACAAAGGCCUUUAGAUGCCUUCUCUACUCUAUCACAACUUGUUCGUAUUUAUCCUAGAAAUCCACGAUUAUGGUUUCGUCUUGCUGAAUGUUGUAUAAAAUUACACUGUCCACAUAAUUUAUCACUUUGGAAAUUGGAGUCAAGAAAACGCUGUGUUGUUGAAAGUGUUGGCUGUGGUGUCUUUCGUAAAUUGAUGCUUGCCAGUGUGAAUCCAGAGACUGUUAAUCCGAAGGUGGAUGAAGCCCUGUUAUCAUCACCAAGCUUAGAAUUCGCUUCUUUAGCAUUACGCAAUGCACUCCUAUUACUGCCAAUACCACCUGUAAAAUUAAUCACCAAUGCAUCUUCAAGCAAAAAUACAAUAACUUCAUCGUAUAUAGCAGACUUAGUUAAAUGGUCGAACAAACAGUUUGUUCCAACUUAUCCAUCGCCAACACCAUUGUGGGGUAUUGGAUUGUUACAUUUUUUAUCAGCAUUACAUGUGAAUAUCUCGUAUGUGGCAUUGUGUUUAAACCAACCUAUAGAAGCGAUUCAUUCUGCUAGUCAAAUGUUAAGUUUUAUUCCUCAGAAUGAAAACAGCCCCGUUGGUUCAGUUAAAUGUGGAACUUAUGGAACUAAUCUUGGUGCUAUCGCCCCUAAAGCGCAUAGUUAUUUGUGUCGUAUUUAUUAUGCUGAAGCUUUAACCUAUUUAGACAGAAUAGAUGAAGCUACAUCUCUGUUACAUAUAUCCUCAGAUAAUGAAUUCAAUUCUAUUGCACGUUGUUUAAACGGGGUAUGUUUUGAAACACCAUUUCUUUUCCCAAAUAUUGAUGAAUCUGUGAAUAACAUCACGGAGGUAUGUAAUCAAUUCAGUCAAUCAACGCUGAUGAUGAAUACUCAUUCUAAACAGUCAGUGACUAGACCAAUUGAUUUUCCUGCUAAUCCCUACAGUCUUCUGCAUUACUCGCCUAUAAUCUUGCAGUUCUACUGGCUAUUCAAAAACAAUACCGUUUAUCAAAACAAUAUUUAGAAAUGUCACUACCAGGUCUAUUCAUAUCAGCCAAUCAAUUAGACGGUCGACAGUGGUAUACAAACUUGUCUGAAGAGUCGCCCAUUGUAAACAAUUAUAAACUAUUACCUACAUCAGUUGUGCUAUUGUCUAUUUACUUAGAAAUAGGAUUAGGUCAUCAAAAAGAAGCAGCAGAGUUAAUUCGUGAACAUUUUGGUCAUACGGCAUUGGCUGGUCGACUUAAUCCAUCGGUAGUACCAACUGCACGUAAUGCUAACGAUGGUGGAGAUGUCAUUGAAGGCGGUGGUACUUCUGUAUCUGAUCCAUCAAUAAUUGGUAAAAAUAUUCCUACAACAUUCAUCGAAUUACAACAAUUGAUUAAGGGUCAACAACACCACCAGCACUACCCACAACAACAACAACAACAACAACAAAAUGUUACUGGGAGUAACAGUAGCAGCAACACUAUUUCUCAGACUCGUCAACCACCACCGCAGCCACUGUCAGCACCACCACCAACACAGUUCCAGCAAAUGAAUAAUCGACCGACAAAUUUAUGGACACCAUGUUCACAAUUCAGACAAUCUCAAGCUCAACAAAAUCAACCAGUCUACUACUCGCCUUUAUUACAAACUCAACCGGCACUACUGCCAUCACAAACACAAUCUACACCACUUGCUAAUUAUGAAUAUGCUGCUAGUCGAUGGGAUCAACAACCACAGCCACCACCAACAGCACCAUCGACAACUGGUGUGAUUACAGCGAUUAAUGAAAAUGAUUGGCCACCUUUAUAAUAAUAAUAAUAUAUUGAAAUGUAUAAUUUCUCUCUUUAUCUUUUCUUUUUUCUAACUCUACUGUAUUGCAGAUUAUAAAUUUUGCAUUUAAUUUUGAAUAGAAAGUAAUUUUUUUCAAAAUGAUUUGACUCUUGUUUAAGUGUUUUAACUACUGUCUGUCUGUUUUUGACAUAGAACUUCGCACCGAUGUGCGGCAGUUCAAGU